AUGAGUGAAGGUGCGGCCGCUGCCUCGCCACCUGGAGCCGCUUCGGCAGCCGCCGCCUCGGCCGAGGAGGGCACCGCGGCGGCUGCGGCGGCGGCAGCGGCAGCGGCGGGCGGGGGCCCGGACGGCGGCGGCGAAGGGGCGGCCGAGCCCCCCCGGGAGUUACGCUGUAGCGACUGUAUCGUGUGGAACCGGCAGCAGACGUGGCUGUGCGUGGUGCCUCUGUUCAUCGGCUUCAUCGGCCUGGGGCUCAGCCUCAUGCUCCUCAAAUGGAUCGUGGUGGGCUCCGUCAAGGAAUACGUGCCCACCGACCUGGUGGACUCCAAGGGGAUGGGCCAGGACCCCUUCUUCCUCUCCAAGCCCAGCUCCUUCCCCAAGGCCAUGGAGACCACCACCACGACCACUUCUACUGCGUCCCCCGCCACCCCCUCCGCCGGCGGCGCCGCCUCUUCCAGGACGCCCAACCGGAUUAGCACCCGCCUGACGACCAUCACGCGGGCGCCGACUCGCUUUCCCGGGCACCGGGUGCCCAUCCGGGCCAGCCCGCGCUCCACCACCGCACGGAACACUGCGGCACCCCCGACGGUCCUGUCCACCACAGCCCCCUUCUUCAGUAGCAGCACGCCGGGCUCCCGACCACCGGUGCCAGGAACCCCCAGUACCCAGGCAAUGCCCUCCUGGCCCACUGCGGCAUACGCUACCUCCUCCUACCUUCAUGAUUCUACUCCGUCCUGGACCCUGUCUCCCUUUCAGGAUGCUGCCACCACCUCUUCCUCCUCCUCGUCUUCCUCUACCACCACCACGCCAGAAACAAGCACCAGCCCCAAAUUUCAUACAACGACCUAUUCCACUGAGCGAUCUGAGCACUUCAAACCCUGCAGAGACAAGGACCUCACAUACUGUCUCAAUGAUGGCGAGUGCUUUGUGAUCGAAACCCUGACGGGCUCCCAUAAACACUGUCGGUGCAAAGAAGGCUACCAAGGAGUCCGUUGUGAUCAAUUUCUGCCGAAAACUGAUUCCAUCUUAUCGGAUCCAACAGACCACUUGGGGAUUGAAUUCAUGGAGAGUGAAGAAGUUUAUCAAAGGCAGGUGCUGUCAAUUUCAUGCAUCAUCUUUGGAAUUGUCAUCGUGGGCAUGUUCUGUGCAGCAUUCUACUUCAAAAGCAAGAAACAAGCUAAACAAAUUCAAGAGCAGCUGAAAGAACCACAAAAUGGUAAAAACUAUAGCCUCAAAGCGUCCAGCACAAUGGCAAAGUCAGAGAACUUGGUGAAAAAUCAUGUCCAACUGCAAAAUUAUUCAAAGGCGGAAAGGCAUCCUGUGACUGCAUUGGAGAAAAUGAUGGAGUCAAGUUUUGCCGGCCCCCAGUCAUUCCCAGAGGUCCCUUCUCCUGACAGAGGAAGCCAGUCUGUCAAACACCACAGGAGUCUCUCCUCUUGCUGCAGCCCAGGGCAAAGGAGUGGUAUGCUCCAUAGGAAUGCCUUCAGGAGAACACCCCCCUCGCCCAGAAGUAGGCUGGGUGGCAUCGUGGGACCAGCAUAUCAGCAACUUGAGGAAUCAAGGAUCCCAGACCAGGAUAUGAUACCUCGUCAAGGGUAUUCAUCCAGUGGUUUAAAAAACCAACAAAAUGCAUCCAUAAAUAUGCAACUGCCUUCAAGAGAGACAAAUUCCUAUUUUAAUAGCUUGGAUCAAAAGGACCUGAUGGGCUAUUCAUCCACGCGGGCCAGUUCCGUGCCCAUCAUCCCUUCAGUGGGUCUAGAGGAAACCUGCAUGCAAAUGCCAGGGAUUUCUGAAGUCAAAAGCAUCAAAUGGUACAAAAACUCCUACUCUGCUGAUAUUGUCAAUGUGAGUAUUCCAGUCAGCGAUUGUCUUAUAGCAGAACAACAAGAAGUGAAAAUAUUGCUAGAAACUGUCCAGGAGCAGAUCCGAAUUCUGACUGACGCCAGGCGGUCAGAGGACUAUGAACUGGCCAGCGUAGAAACCGAGGACAGUGCAAGUGAAAACACAGCCUUUCUCCCCCUGAGUCCCACGGCCAAAUCAGAACGCGAGGCACAAUUUGUCUUAAGAAAGGAAAUACAAAGAGACUCCGCAUUGACCAAGUGACUUAAGAUGGAGGAAUCUGUGCAUUCUGUGCUUUGCUCAACAGGAAAAGAGAGGAAAUUAAAUACAAAUUAUUUAUAUGCAUUAAUUUAAGAGCAUCUACUUAGAAGAAACCAAAUAGUCUAUCGCCCUCAUAUCAUACUGUUUUUUAACAAAAUAUUUUUUUAAAGGGAAAGAAACGUUUCAGGAGGGGUAAAGCUUACCUCUAAAGCUUUUGGGUAGAAUUCUGAAUACCAUUUCAGUUAGUCCCAAUGCCGGCCUCUUUUGGCUCUUAGUAGAUGUGGGUGGUUCAGACCCUCAGCCCCACCGCACCAGUGUCCUCAUAAAAAAGCACUGGCAGUUA